GUUUUUUGCCUUCUUGAAGCAGGGAAUGCAGAAGUCAGCGCUGGGAGAAACAGUGCACCAGCGUAAUCAGAAACAGGGACUUUUUUCAACAACUGGCAGCUCACCAUGGCUGUUCCUCACGGGCUCCUCACCUCUGUGCUCCUUCUGCUGCCCUUCGUAGCGCAGGUUUCAGCACAGCAGCAAGGAUGUUCUGUCAAUAAUAGCAAACCGAUGGUUUAUGAAAAUAACCCUCCUGGCUACGUGGUGACCACUAUCCGUGUGGAGCCAGGCUUCGCUGUAAUGAUUGAUCCUGCUUCCCCCGAUGCCGGCUUUUUCACUAUACAGGGAUCCGAGCUGCAGCUGAUCCGAGGUGUGGACUAUGAGAAAGACACGUUGCUGCUGGUGUACCUGACUUGUCGGAGCGCUGCCGGGCAGAGCAAUUCUUUGGAAAUUCUUGUGACCAUUCUCAACGUGAACGAUAACAGCCCGGUGUUUAAGCACACGAAUCUCACCAAAGUUGUUCCCGAGGAUACAAAAGUGAAUGCAACCAUUGUAGCCCGUCAAGAUUUAAGCGCUAGGGAUGCUGACCUGGACACCAUAUUUUACGAACUCACAACAAUAGAGCCGGACACAGACAGUUAUUUUGCCAUAAAAGGAGUUAAUAACCCAGAAAUUUAUUUACAAAAAGCACUGGACUAUGACAAAUUUAAUUGGACAACAUUGGUCUUGUAUGCAAGGGACAGGCCUGUGAGAAGCACCAACAUCACCAACACAGCUACCACAACAAUAAACAUAUUUAUUACACAAGCUGACACCAAACCACCCUGGUUCUUACCCUGCACCUUCAUUAACGCAGACAAUAGCAUCUGCAUCAGCAGCCCCUACACUGGGAGGGUCAAUAUCUCCGAGAUGACGACGGAGCCGCUCAUCCUAGAGCCGGGGCCUAUCUAUGCCAUCGACCCUGACUACACUUUAAAUGAAAAGAUUGUGUACAGGAUUGUUGGUGGGGAUACAGAUAACAUAUUUUCAGUGGAUGCAGACACAGGGAAUCUAACUAUGAACAAAGCAGCAACUUCCCCAGACUCGUACCUAUUGCAAGUCAUGGCCACCCAGGUCAACAACAUACAGAAAUACUCCAUAGUCAGUGUAGAGAUUAAGGUCAUCAGUAAAAGUGAUUAUCCACCGUACUUCGAGAGCAGGAUCUACAAUGGGACAACAUUUGUUGGUCUGGCACCGAGAAGCUUUGUCUUCCAAGCUGGUAAUCCUUCAACCCCACUGAUGAUAACAGCAGUGGAUGAUGAUUUUCCUAAUAAAGUCAACCCAAACAUUAAGUACUACAUAAGAAACAGCACUGAUUUCAUCGCAACCAAAGAUGGACUCAUCCUGACAAACACGAUGCUGAAGUCACCGGGAGCUGUAACCAUUGAGGCUGUUGGAAAAGAUAUGGUGAGCCUGCAGGAGGCGAGCACUGUAGUCGUGGUGGAGGUCAUCCUUGCUGCAGCUGUAACCUCCUCUGAUAAGAUAUACACUGCUCAGGAUAUGGCCAUCUUAGGUGGUACGUUAGCAGCACUGCUAUUAAUUGCCUUAGUCUUCCUUGGAGUGAUGAUAAUUAAACGAUAUGGAAAACCAGUCAAAUACCUAAUAAGCAGAAAGUCCUCCAAGGAAAUAUCUGGGGGUUACCAGAACCGAUCUUUCAAGCAAGAUGAUCACCCAGAAGUGAGUACCAAGCAGCAUGAGAUGUCAGAAAACGGCAGUGUCCAGUCAGUGGCACAUGUGCUGGAGCAGCCAGCAUUUUCCUUGCCCUCUUCCAACACGGAAGGAAUUGAUAGCCUCCCAAAGGUUUCUAUAGUUUCCACCGUCACCUUUGACCAGGAAGAGAAAAAGGAAGAAGCAGAAGAAGAGGCUGAGCAUGAGAAAGAACUGAAGGUUAUCCUCAAGACAGGCAGGCACGUGGAGGAUGAUGGCUACAAAGCUGUGUGGUUUAAGACUGAUAUAGAUCCAGAUGCUGGAGGGAGCGUUGAAGUGAUUGAGUACAACGCAGCAGAUGGUGAUGAUGACAGUGACGAAGAUCUGCAGAAUGAGGAGGAGAAGGAAGACGAGGAGGAGAAGGAAGACGAGGAGGAGAAGGAAGACGAGGAGGAGAAGGAAGACGAGGAGGAGGAGGAGGAAGAUUAUGACAAGGAUGAUCACCACAGAGGGCUGUGAGUGUCCUUUGCCUCAGAGAGCUCAUCGCUCCCAGCUGCAGAAUUGAGAGUGUCUCACACAGAUGCAGUGACAGAGGAUGACAAUGACAUAUAAUGAAAAUAGGCCGCCUCUCCCUCCAAAAAUGGGGGAAUCUCAGCUGUUUUCCUGCCAUGAAGCCCAUCUUUCUGUGCAGGUGGGAAACUGGAAUGCAAGGACGAUGAAGUUGCCUGUCCUGCUUGUCUGAAUGCAGACUAAAGCUGGAAGAGAUUACAGCUAAUUCAACCCUCCAGGGAGACCUUGAAAUAUCACUUAGGAUUUUGGGUGGGGGGGAAAAUGUGUCCCAUGUCUCCACCUUCCUGCCUGUUCCCUCUGGGGUCCCUUACAUCACAUUUCCCAACCUGGCUGCAGGUACAGCAGAGAUGUUGCUGAACUGACUUUGGAGCAGUUAGUCCAGCUCGCAGUAGCAAUUUAGUUACACAACCCAGUGUUCAUCUCCCCUUGGUGGGUAAAUAAGCCAGCCCUGACUGCUGGGCUGUUCCCUUCAGGGUGUUACUGUUUGAUUCCAGCUGCGGGGCAUAAGACAGCCCAAGUCAUCCUGACUCUGCAGUUGCUCGUAUGACUGUAUCCAGGAGCUCGCUUCAGGGCUUGGCUCUGCUCUCUGCCGUGCCAGACCCCGUGCUCCCAGGACAAGGAGUUGGCACAGGCCACCACGGUCCUCGUCCUGCCAGCAGCCAGGAGUUUACGUGCUUGGGAGCUGCCGUUUCCUCUGCCACUGGUAAGCAAGGACUGAUCACAUGUUCUUUACUGAAGGACUUUGUCAUCAACGUUUCUGUGUCAUAAAACUGCUAAUUGUGCCGUA